CUCAGCUGACCGGGGGCUCACGUGGCCCGGCCGGCCGAGAACGAGGGGACCGGCGGGCCAUGGCGGGCUGCGGGCUCUGUUUUUCGCUGCUGCUGGCGGCAGCGUUCGCCCGCCAGGCGCAGGCCCUCUGGCCAUGGCCCCAGUACAUCCAAACCUCCGAUUCGCACUACGCCAUCUUUCCGUACAACUUCCAGUUCCAGUACCACGUCAGUUCUGCCGCGCAGCCGGGCUGCUCCGUCCUCGACGAGGCCUUCCAGCGCUACCGCGACCUGCUCUUCGGCUCCAGCUCUUGGCAGCCUCCUGAACCCACAAGAAAACAGCAUACACCGGAGAAGAAUUCAUUGGUUAUCCUUGUGGUCCUUCCUGGAUGUGACCAGCUUCCUUCUUUGGAGUCGGUGGAAAAUUACACCCUGGUCAUAAAUGAUGAUCAUUGUUUCCUCCUCUCUGAGACUGUCUGGGGAGCUCUCCGAGGUCUGGAGACUUUUAGCCAGCUAAUUUGGAGAUCUCCCGAGGGCACGUUCUUUAUCAACAAGACCGAGAUUGAAGACUUCCCCCGCUUCUCUCACCGGGGCUUGUUGUUGGAUACGUCUCGCCAUUACCUGCCACUGACUAGCAUCCUGGACACUCUGGACGUCAUGGCAUACAAUAAAUUCAACGUGUUCCACUGGCAUCUGGUCGAUGACUCUUCCUUCCCAUAUGAGAGCUUCACUUUUCCAGAGCUCACCAGAAAGGGGUCCUACAAUCCUGUCACCCAUGUCUACACAGCACAAGAUGUGAAAGAAGUGAUUGAAUAUGCACGGCUUCGGGGUAUCCGUGUGUUGGCAGAGUUUGACACUCCUGGCCACACUCUGUCCUGGGGACCAGGUUUCCCUGGAUUAUUGACUCCUUGCUACUCUGGGUCUCGUCCCUCUGGCACCUUCGGACCAGUGAAUCCCAUUCUCAAUACUACCUAUGAAUUCAUGAGCACAUUUUUCUUGGAGGUCAGCUCUGUCUUCCCAGAUUUUUAUCUUCACCUUGGAGGAGAUGAGGUUGAUUUCACCUGCUGGAGGUCCAACCCAGAUAUCCAGGCCUUUAUGAAGACGAAAGGCUUUGGUAAUGACUUCAAGCAGUUGGAGUCCUUCUACAUCCAGACACUGCUGAACAUCGUCUCUGCCUAUGGCAAAGGUUAUGUGGUGUGGCAGGAAGUGUUUGAUAAUAAAGUAAAGGUUCCUCCAGAUACAAUCAUCCAGGUAUGGCGAGAAGAGGUACCAGUAAAUUAUUUGAAGGAGCUGGAGCUAAUUACCAGAGCCGGCUUGCGUGCCCUGCUCUCUGCCCCCUGGUACCUGAAUCACAUAACUUAUGGCCCUGACUGGAGAGAUCUCUACGUGGUGGAGCCCCUGGAAUUUGAAGGUGGCGCUCAGCAGAAGGCUCUAGUGAUUGGUGGAGAGGCCUGUAUGUGGGGAGAGUAUGUGGACAGCACAAAUCUGGUCCCCAGACUCUGGCCCAGAGCAGCAGCCGUUGCUGAGAGGCUGUGGAGCAACAAGUCGGUGACUAACCUGGACUUGGCCUUUAAACGUCUGACACGGUUCCGCUGUGAGCUGCUAAGGCGAGGUGUCCAGGCCCAACCCCUCAAUAUAGGCUACUGUGAACAGGAGUUUGAACAAACCUGAGCAGCCCCAGGCACUGAAGAGGGUGCUGGCCCUAGGAGAGUGGUAGUGGGGCCAGGCUUCCACUGCAUCCCGGCCGGGGGACAGAGCCCCUUGCCUACGUGCCCCUGUGCAUGGAGAGAAGGGGGCCAGUGUUGGCACUAGCAUCCAAUAAAGAGUGAUGUGGCUUUUUUCCAUAA